ACGUGCCGUGGGCGGGUCCGCCGCACGUGGCUUUGGCGGGGACUUGGCGGGAGCAGUUGUGGCAUCUGCAGGAGACGAGGACAGCAUGGCCGUGGAGAUGGAGCCUUCGGAUGUGAUCCGCCUGAUCAUGCAGUACCUGAAGGAGAACAACCUGUACAGAACCUUGAGCACCCUGCAGGAGGAGACCACGGUGUCGCUCAACACGGUGGAGAGCAUCGACAGCUUCAUGGCGGACGUCCAGAGGGGCCACUGGGACUCCGUCCUGCUGGCCAUCGCAUCUCUCAAGCUGCCCGACAACACGCUGAUUGACCUUUACGAGCAGGUGGUCAUGGAGCUGAUCGAAAUGAGGGAGGCGGGGGCGGCACGUUCCCUCCUCAGACAGACCGACCCCAUGAUCAUGCUGAAGCAGACGCAGCCCGAGCGCUACUUGCACCUGGAACACCUGCUCACGCUCUCCUACUUCGACCCCCGGGAGGCGUACCCCAAAGGCAGCAGCAAGAACAAGCGACGCAGGGCCAUCGCCCAGACGCUGGUGAGGGAGGUGAGCGUGGUGCCGCCCUCACGCCUCCUGGGUCUCCUGGGGCAAGUCAGUUCUUUAAAACUGGAACAAUCAGCGGUUAGCCUCUCACCUGACACGACCUUUGACAUGCCUGCUGACCAGGUCAGGUACGCGCAGAAAGAGGCGUGUCCAACCCAGCUGUAUCGCCACAUCAAGUUUGGCCGACGGUCCCACGUGGAAUGUGCCCGCUUCUCCCCUGAUGGCAAAUACUUAAUCUCGGGCUCGGUGGACGGCUUCAUUGAAGUGUGGAACUUUUACACUGGCAGCAUCAGCAAGGAGUUAAAGUACCAGGCCCAGGACAGCUUCAUGAUGAUGGACGAUGCUGUGCUGUGUCUCUGCUUCAGCCAGGACUCGGAUCUACUGGCCACUGGAGCUCACAAUGGAAAAAUCAAGGUGUGGAAGAUGCAGAGUGGCUUGUGCCUGCGCAGGUUUGAGCACGCUCACAACAAAGGAGUCACCUGCCUGACUUUCUCCACAGACAACAACAACAUCCUCAGCGCCUCUUUGGACCACACCAUCAGGAUCCACCAGCUGCGGUCGGGACUCACGCUGAAGGAGCUGCGCGGCCAUCAGUCCUUUGUCAACGACGCCUCCUUCACGCACGACGGCUGUCACAUCCUCAGUGCGUCUUCCGACGGCACCGUUAAGAUUUGGAGCAUGGAGACUUGUGAGUGCAUCCACACCUUCAAAUCUCUGGCGCAGACUUCCUGCGAGAUCCCCGUGAACAGCGUGACUCGUCUUCCCCAAAAUCCGGAGCACUUUGUAGUCUGCAACCACUCGGACGCGGUGGUGGUCAUGGACACGCACGGUCAGACUGUCAAGACGUUGACCGCGGACAGGAAGUCGGGGGCCAAGUUUGUGUGCAGCACCGUGUCCCCCAGAGGGGAGUGGAUCUACUGCGUGGGCGAGGACUUGAUGCUCUACUGCUUCAACUACGCGUCGGGAAGGCUGGAGAAAACUCUGACAGUGCACGAGAAGGACGUCAUCGGCGUCACGCACCACCCACACCACGACCUCAUCGCCACCUACAGCGAGGACGGCCUCCUGAGGCUGUGGAAGCCUUGAGGGGAACUUUGGUCAACUGGAGGUGCUUUAAUGCAUCCUUUCUUACUAUUCACUGUCGCGGUGCAGGGUUCUUCCUAUCCCAGAAUCCCUUGCAACAUUAUGGCCGCAACACACAGACGCUAUCGAGUAGCGUUCACACAGCUGCCACUGGCUCGCCACAGUCGCCGUGGCGACCGGUCGAGGGGUUGCGAGUCGUCAGAGCGAUCCGAUUGGACGCUUAGGAAGUGUUACAGGCGAUGACAUACAUCAGGGGUGUCCAAUGGGCGGCCCAGGGGCCACUUUUGUACGGGCCGCGCCACAUUUUGAACAGAAAUACUGUCAGGUUCAAACACUGAUGACAUCUAUUAAACAAGACAAGAAGCAAAGAAUCAAAUUUGGACUCAAUUUUGAGGAGAGACGCGGCCACUGUACUCUCUGUACAGUCUUGCACCACGCUCUGCCAAAAGAUUGCACUCCUCCUUCUUUAUUUGACUCUCUCCCCCCACCUGACCACAGCUGCCUCCAGAGGGAAGUGGGUCGUAAACAGCGUUGCCUUUGG